GCGGGACAGAGCUCGGCAGUUCGGCUCCGAACCCCCUCCUCCCUCUCGGUUGCUGCGGGGCAGCUCUUGGUUACGGGAUCCGGGCUCGCAGGCUUUUACCCAUUUAUGGCCAAUGUAGAGCAUGCGGUUGCUGCACGGGGCUGGAAGGCCAGCUGACCUCUCCCAUCUCACACCUCGGUGGAGUAUAAAUGGCCUCAAAACGUCACUCAGAGCCUGUGGAUGCCAUCCUUUUUCACAAGCUACCUCGGCUGGAGGCUGAGCCCGACCCCGGCAUCCCCUCCAUUCCCUGCAAACCCAACCCUGCGCCCACAGCCGGCCCCGAAACCCACCUCGGCUACAAGGGCUCCUACUUCUCCUGCCCACAGGCAGAGGGACAGCUCCUACACUGCCUGCUCCGUCAGCCCCACAGUCCCACGGGCAGACCGGGUGCUGAGCAGACCAAAAAUCACCCCAUGUGGGACCCCCUGGUGGCACAGGACAAGUGGCCCAGCCAGCAGGGCCACCCCUUCCCCCUGAAGAAGCCACCAGCCGUCCCCAAGCCCGUGUAUGCAGCCCCACUUUGCUUCUCACCGCUGAGCUCCCAGGGAGGUGAUACCCUGCAGAGGGGGCCGGGGGCCGUGUCUGCUGUGCCCCCACCCUCCCCCGUCACCCUCUCCCACUAUUACACUGCCUUUGAGAAAUACCGUGGUCCCCCAGCUGUGCAUGACCAGAGGAAGGCACCCGAAAUCCCCACCUGCAUCCCAGACCCCUGGAUGAAGGCACACCGGGAGCAUCCCUCUGCUUGCUACCCACAGUCCCCCUACCCGCAGCCUCCGGGCUCCUUCUCCUACAAAGCUUUCGGCUUCAUGGUGAAUGGGAAGUCUCCCUUAUUUCCCAGCACUUACCUUAAGCCCCCAACCCCUCAGAGCCACUAUCCCAGCCCCUUGGAUUGCUUUGCGUCGAGGCCGGCUGCUCCGGGCACGCUGCCCUCUCUGAAAGCAAUGGGACCACCAAGGGAUUUUGAGCCUCCACCUCUGCCUCCAGCUGGGUACCUGCAUCCAAAUCCUGGAUUCGCCUUCAGCCCCAUGGAUGCUGUGUUAUUUACGGAGCAUCGCAGCGAUGGGCGAAAGGCACCGCUGGAAGCCCAUGGAGGGAGGAUGGUGAUGAGGCACAGCAGCGCCUUCCACCCCAUCCACACCCCAUGGAAGACACCUGAUGGGCUGUUGGGGCCAUUUCCCAAAGGAGAAGCUGGCUACAGUCUGGAUAAGGCUAUGACGGCCAACCCCGUCCCCUGCCAGCAGCAGGUGGUCAAAGCUGGGGUCGGGGAUGCCACCAAGGAGCACUUCGUCCCUUGUAGGGCCAUCUGUCCCCAGGAGAGGCUGAGGGACCAACAGAGUGGUGAUGUGUCCCCCCCUUCCCCACCGAUGCCAGUGAUCAACAAGGUCUUCAGCCUGGCGCCUUACCGGGAGUACCUGGAAGGGACCGGAGGCUCCACCGAUGUCCCCAAGGAGCACCCACACGGGGACACAGCCACACCACAAAACACAAGCAGCGGUCAGAAGUCUGCUGGCAGCAAGGUGACAUCCAGCUCUCUGCGUGGUGAAGGGGAAAGUUGUCACCACAGGAUCCCAGAAGGUCCCAAGACAAAGCCCGUGUCCCCAGAGCCACCAGCAGGGCUUCAGGACAGCGGUGGGGAACCAACCCCUGGUGAUGUGGCAUUGGACUUGAGCUUGAAGAAGAGCUUGGCGACAAAGGGGAGCACCCACAUAGAGGGGAUGUUGGACCCAGGGGAGAAAGAGGGGCCACUGGGCCGGGUGGAGGCGGCUGAGGACACCAACGUGCCACUGCAGCUGGUGGAGGCAGGUGGGGACACCAAACCCCAGGUGCCACCCAACCAAGUGGAGGUGGGUGAGGACACCAAAGCUCAGGUGCCAGCGCAACUGGUGGAGGUCAGCUCUAGGGACAGGAGCCACUUCCAGAGCUCAGCUGCCUUCAUGUUCAAGAAAUACAAGAUCCUGAAGUCCUGGGGACCCCCCGGUGCCCCCCAGCCCAGCUCCCCGCCACAGGCGUGGGAGGGGUCCCCCGGCACCUCUGUCCCACAGGAGCCUUGCCACAACACGAAGCCUGUGGACACGUCACCAGCGCUGCCCCAAGCCCCCCUGCCCACCACCCCCUGCCACAUCCCAGCCCAGCCAUGCGUAGUCAACCAGGGUUUCUCAGCCUUGCACAUGUCCCUGUGCAGCAUCAUCUCGUGCUCGGUGUCCGCGUCCUCCCCGGAGCUGCUGCGGGACUGGCUGAGGAGGACAGAGCCAGGAGACACCCUGGCAGAGACACCCAGAUCCCUUCCUAAAUCCAAAAAUGGCUCCAAACUCCCUGAGCCUCAGAAGCCCCCGAAAGGCAAGGAGAUCUGGCUGGCAUUCCGGAAUGCAGCCGCGCUGCUCAGCAAGCUCCUGGCUCAGCUGGAGGCUUUUACCUUCACCCGCAAGUGUCCCUUUCCCUAUGUGCUGCGGGCAGGUGCCAUCUUCAUCCCCAUCCACGUGGUGAAGGAGAAGCUCUUCCCCGAGCUCCCCGGGGCCUCUGUGGACCAGGUGCUGCAGAAGCACAAAGUGGAGCUGCGGCCCACCACGCUCUCUGAAGAGAAGCUUCUGAGGGAGCUGGAGCUCAAGGGCUGCACCUCACGCAUGCUGAAGCUCCUGGCUCUCAAACAGCUCCCUGAGAUCUACCCAGACCUGCUGAACCUCCUGUGGCACCACUCCAUUCAGCAGCAGCUCGGGUCGAGGUCGGAGGCUGGACAGUAGAGGAAUUUGACUUCGUCCAUUGACUGCGCUGGACCACGGCACAGGGAGCGAUGGUGGUGGGGCGAGAGCUUCAGUCCUGGCUGGGAAGGGGCUGCAAAGAAGAACUGAAGGACAUUAACAACAAAAACACCCCCAAAUGCUGCUGGCACCCAGAGAACGUGCCCAGGACAGACAGACUGCCUUCCCCCCACCCCACGGUGUAGAACCCUACAGCUCAGGUGUUGUUAGCAGACGAGGAACAAGUUCAGAUGAGGGUUAUGUUAUUAAUAUUUUUUCACUACAGUAGUAUUUAUUUUAAACUAAGAAUAUGGAGAAAAAGGAGAAAAAAAAAAACAAAAAACCCACCCCCAUGAUUUUUCAUAGCCAAAUAGGGUCUCUCUCAGCAUGGGGAGGCUGCUGCUGUAAAGGAGUUUAGAAAGCAGUGUUUGUUGAUAAGUCUGUAAUGUGGUUUUGUAUACCAAUAGACCUAUGCAUAAAGUCCCAGGGAAGGAAGUUAUGUUGCCUUAUUUAAUGUUUUGUAAGACUGUGAGUCUCCAGAAGCACCUCAUCUCAUUAAAGGACUCAUUUUCCAGCA